CAAAAAGCCACCAUGUAGUCAUCAUGGCUUCUCUCCAGUGUCUGCCUGGAGAUCCCUCGAUAUUGCCUCUCAAAGACAAAGAUUCCCAAGAAUACUUCUUUUCUUCAGAUUCAGACGACAUGGCAACCUCUGAUAAGGCUGAUGCGAUCAAGGACAAGGACAAGCUCGAUCCUGAAGUCCUCAAAGACCUCGAGAAACAUCAAUAUCUAAUGCGUCAAGCAAUCGACGUCGCUGAAGAAGCCCUCGCAGGGGGAGAAACACCUGUUGCUUGUGUUCUUGUCUACGACGGCGCAGUGGUUGCUCGUGGAAUGAAUGACACCAACCGAUCGCUCAACGGUACUCGUCACGCCGAGUUUCUCGCCAUAUCAGAAUUCCUCUCCAAAUUUCCGGCCAGCAAACUCAGAGAAACCGACCUCUAUGUUACUGUCGAACCCUGCAUCAUGUGUGCUUCUGCCUUGCGACAAUACGGCAUUCGAUGUGUCUACUACGGCUGUGGAAAUGACCGGUUUGGAGGCAACGGGAGUGUGCUGGCGGUUCACUCUGACAAAGGUCUGGAGGCCGGCUAUAAAAGCUAUGGAGGAAUCUUCAGAAAGGAAGCCAUUAUGUUACUUCGUCGUUUCUACAUCCAGGAAAACGAGAAUGCGCCAAAUCCUCGAGCGAAAGGCAAUCGAGAACUGAAGCAAGUGGUCUGAAUGAGCUGGAUAGAGCAUCUCCUCAUCAAGCCACUUGCAGCGCGGAUGGGCCAACAUCAGUGGACUUUCUGGAGCGUGGGAAUGAGAGAUGAACUGUACCUCGAUGGAAAUGAUAACCAGCAGCCUGCUAUGGUUGUGUCCCUCAUAGGUGACCCUCUUAAGCGACUGCAGGCAUAAUGAGAUAGAGACAUGAAAAAGGCAUGGAGCAAUCCAUUCACUACAAUAGGC